AUGGCGUUCACCGCUCGCAAGAAGAUUGUGAAGGAGGAAGGCGCUACGCUCGCCCCCUUCGAGGAGGUCGUCGCGCAGGCCCUGUUCGACCUUGAGGCUACGAACAACGAGCUCAAGACGGACCUUCGGGACCUGUACAUCAACGGCGCGCAGGAGGUUGACGUCGCGGGCGGCCGCACCGCGAUCGUCAUCCAGGUUCCCUUCCGCCUUCUCAAGGCGUUCCACAAGAUCCAGCAGAGGCUCGUGCGUGAACUCGAGAAGAAGUUCAGCGGCAAGGACGUGGUGCUCGUGGCGAACCGCCGCAUCAACCCCGUCCCGUCGUCUGGCUUCGCUCGCGCGCGCCCUCGCAGCCGCACGCUGACCGCGGUCCACGCGAACCUGUUGGAGGAUCUCGUGUACCCCACGGAGAUCGUCGGCAAGCGUCAGCGGUACAGGCUGGAUGGGUCCAGGCUUCUUAAGGUGUACCUCGAUCCGAAGGAUCGCAACACCACGGAGUACAAGCUGGACACGUUCGCUGGGGUGUACAAGAAAAUGACCGGGAAGGAGGUCACCUUUGAGUUCCCCGUCGCCGAGUCCGCUUGAGCGACGCGAGGAGCUGGACACACAGCGGGGGGGGGUUGGGUGCGGAAUCAAACCAUUGUAAUCGAUUCUCACUUGAAAAAAUAGGGAUGUAUCCUAA